AUGCCGUGGACAGUCACCAAUUCUUUUAAGCGAGGCCUGAUGAAAACAUACGGAAGACCAACAUGGCGCGUCUAUGACGAUGAACGAGCCGCGAAAAAAAGACGCGUCCUGGAUGAGUCCGAUGAGGCCGAAACCAAUCUUCAAUACGCGAUCCGCGAGUCCUCCGCCGCCGUCUUAUCCAGCCCAUCGCGCCGGAAUUCCGUCGUGUUAUCUGAAGGCACAGUGGACGAUAUCGACGAUCUCACCACACCACCCUCCUCGCCACCACCCCGAUUAACUCCUCCGCCCGCAAACACUCGCAAACCAGCUUUUGCCUUCCUGAAGCGCAAACAUAAGGAUGUCGCGACCGGAUCGCCCUUGACGGAGGUCAACUCCAACAGCGUACGCUCUUCCGUGGAUCCGCCAAAGCAGAAGGUAGCACAGAAACAACAGGCUCCAUUACGCCAAAUGCAGAUUGAUUUAGGAAAUGAGGUGCGCAAGACAUGUGCGACGUGCGGUAUGGAAUAUAUCCCAUCCAACACGGAGGAUGCGGCUCUGCAUAAAAAGUUCCACGAGAUGAACUCGACCGGAGUCGAUCUGGGCAAGGCAUUCAUGCGCGCAAAUGCGUCACGUUGGGUUUAUGAAGCGACACGAUUCGAAGAGGGUUACGUGGUGAUUGUGGACCGCAAGGCAUCCCCCAGUGCAAAGAACCAAGCGAAAAGAGUGCUCGAGGUGGUGAAUAAGGAGUUGUCAUCUCCGGAGAUUGACGAAGAAGUCCUCUGGAGUCAAACAGAGGCGCCCGAUCAUCUAAAGGCUCCCGAUGAAGAUGAAAAGGUCGAUCGAUACCGGGUUUUCCUGCAUAUGAAGGAUAGUCGAUGCGUGGGACUCUGUCUUACGGAGCGGAUCUGGGAAUCACAACCGGUUAUUCUCGGGGAACAGAACGGCACCAAUAGCUCUUCAGUAUCGGUGAAAGAUGAGAAACACCCGGCCAUUGUGGGAGUAUCUCGAAUCUGGACCUCUGGAGCGUCUCGAAGGAAGGGGAUUGCGCUUGACCUGUUGGACUGUGUGGUCAGCAAUUACAUAUAUGGCAUGGAGAUCUCCAAGGAUAAGAUUGCCUUCAGUCAACCAACUGAGAGUGGCAAUCGACUGGCCUCCAAGUUUUUCGAAGAUGAGCAGGCAUGGCAUGUCUAUAACGAGCGGUGA